AUGAACGUAACAAAGAAUGGCAAGACCCAGCCUGGUUACAUCUUUCUGUCUCCCACAGAUAUGCUCAGACAUCAUGGGUUUCCUGCGAUCUAUACAGAUGACGGCGAGCUCGUCUGGCAAGGUCCACCGGGCAAUAUCACUGGAUUUCAACCUCAGACGCUGAACGGCGAAUCCGUUUUGACAUACUGGAACGGCACAAUCAGUAUGCUGGGUUUCGGGUAUGGAUCUAUCCAUUUCUUGAACCAAGAAUAUCAGGAAAUCCAUCGUGUCACGCUAUCGGAUGAUAAAUGGAAUUUCAAAUCUGCUCUCGGGCCUCAAUUUCCCUCUUACAUUGAUGUUCACGAGGAUGCGGUCACAGAUCGAGGUUCGGUGUUGGCGACUGCAUACAACGUGACACCUGCCGAUCUACAGGGCCUUGGCGGACUGAAGAAUGGCUGGGUUCAUGAUAGCCAGUUUUAUGAAAUCGACAUUGCAAGCAAUAAGGUUCUUUUCAGUUGGAGUGCGUUGGACCAUUUGAAUCUGACAGACUCGGCGACACCGCUGUAUGGAACCGGCCACAACCAGAGCAAUCCCUGGGACUUUGCACAUCUCAACUCAGUCAUGAGAUAUGGAGACGAGUAUAUAAUAUCAUCGCAUGGAUAUUGCAGUAUUUAUGCGAUUGAUCUGAAAGGAAAUAUCAAGUGGACUCUUAAUGGGCGAACUGGCGGUGACUUUCAAUUAGCCCAAGAUACAAAGUUUUGCUUUCAGCAUGACGUAAGGGUUGAAUCGCAGACAGACAAGACAAUUACCAUCCGCAUGCACAAUAAUGACAACGCACUAUUUUCAAAAGGGACGGUAAUCACCACGGGGCUGCUGGUCGACUUGAAUCUCGAUACAAAAACCGCUAGUCUGAAUCGCCGUCUAUGGGAUGCGGAUGAGCCAGUCUCCGCUGGUAGCCAGGGCAGCUAUCAGAACCUCACCAAUGGCCAUGUAUUCCUGGGCCACGGCUCCGUCCCCAAGUUGGAGGAAUACGACGAGACAGGAGGCGUGGUGAUGCGGGCUCGAUUUGGCUACGACAAUAUCAUGAUGUCAUAUCGUGCUUUCCGUGCAGCCUGGGAUGGAAAACCGACCACGAAGCCGAGUGUGAAAGCUUGCAUCGCGAGGUCCAGCGCUGGCGUUGAACAAGUACGCGUAUAUGCCAGUUGGAAUGGAGCGACCGACGUGCAAACCUGGGAGAUUUACCUUGGAGCAGAGAAGGAAAAGCUGCAAAAAGCGACGACUGCGGGAUACAAUGGGUUUGAGACGGAGAUUCGACUUCAGACGUCUAGUAACUAUGCUCUGGUCAAAGCCAUCCAGAGCUCGGGAAGCACUCAGUCAGAGGCUGUUCAGAUUGAGAACUGUUAG